GCCAUGACUUCUGUUUCCGAAAAAGGUGGUGUGCAACCUGCUGAGCAAAUAGAAGAGAGAGAACCUAAAACUGAAAAUAGUGAUGAAGAGGAGGAGGAGGAGGAAGAGGAGAAAGAAAAGAGCCUCAUUGUUGAAGGAAAAAGAGAGAAGAAGAAAGUAGAAAGAUUGACCAUGCAAGUGUCCUCGUUACAAAAGGAGCCUUUUACAAUUACACCAGGAAAGGGACAAAAACUCUGUGAAAUUGAAAGGAUACAGUACUUCUUAAGUAAGAAGAAAACAGAUGAACUUCGAAAUCUGCACAAACUUCUUUAUAAUAGACCAGGCACAGUUGCUUCACUAAAGAAGAACGUGGGACAGUUCAGCGGGUAUCCAUUUGAAAAAGGAAGUGGUCAAUACAAGAAAAAGGAAGAAAUGUUAAAAAAAUACAGAAAUGCAAUGCUGAAAAGUAUUUGUGAAGUUCUUGAUUUGGAAAGAUCAGGAGUUAAUAGUGAACUGGUAUCCAGAAUCCUAAACUUCUUGAUGCAUCCAAAACCUUCAGGCAAGCCAUUACCAAAAUCCAAGAAAACACCCAGCAAAGGUGGUAAAAAAGAACGCAGUAGCUCUGGAACAGCAAGAAAAGCUAAACACACCAAAUGUCCUGAGAUCCUGUCAGAUGAAUCUAGUAGUGAGGAAGAUGAAAAAAAGGAAAAGGAUGAAUCAUCCGAAGAAGAUAAAGAAAGUGAAGAGGAGCGACCUAAAAAACCGACCAAAAAAGAAAAACCUAAGCAGAAGACAACUCCAAAAACCAAAAAGGGCACAAAGAAUGCUAAUGUCAAAAAAGCAGAUAGCAGUACAACCAAAAAGAAUCAGAAUAGUUCCAAAAAAGAAAGUGAAUCUGAGGAUAGUUCAGAUGAUGAGCCUUUAAUUAAAAAGUUGAAAAAGCCACCUACAGAUGAAGAACUGAAGGAAACUGUGAAGAAGCUGUUAGCUAAUGCUAACUUAGAGGAAGUCACCAUGAAGCAGAUUUGUAAAGAGGUAUAUGAAAGCUAUCCCAGUUAUGACUUGUCUGACAGGAAAGACUUCAUCAAAAAGACAGUGAAAGAGGUAAAUACUGGAUCAGGGAAAUGUGGUGUGUGACGGAAGGACUUCAUGUUUCAGCUGUUUGGAUAUCUUGUGG